AACGAUGAGGAGGAAAUCCCCAAGGGUCCCGUCAAGACGGUCGACAAGACCCAGCCGCGCACCACCAAGCGCAACGUCGAGCCCGUAGCCCCUGCCGCCCCUGCUACCGCCAACACUGGUCGCCGAGGCCCCGGAGGCAACGAGGGAGCUUUCCGUGACAGAAACGCCGGUCACUCCGCCAACCAGCGAAGAACCACCGAGGAGGCUUCCCGCGGAGGUCCCCGAGGCGGUCGUGGUGCCCGUCAACGAGGUGGACGUGGUGGUGGCUACCCCCGCGACCGCGAUGACCGCCACGCUAGAGGUCUCCCUGGCUCCGAGAAGCAGGGUGCCCAAUCCUGGGGCGCCCAGGAGGGUGAGGCCGAGCAGAAGGAUGAGCAGGCCGGUGAGGCCAUUGCUCAGACUGAGCUGAAGGAGGCCGUUGUCGAGGAUGCUCAGGCUCCCGAGACCCCCGUCGAGCCCGAGGAGAAGAAGCUCUCCUACGAUGAGUACCUUGCCCAGCAGGCCGAGAAGAAGGCCGCUCUUGGCGGCGACCUCGAGGUUCGCAAGGCCAACGAGGGAACCAAGACCGACAAGAAGUGGUCCAACGCCAAGGCCCUUACCAAGGAGGAGGGUGAGGACUUCAUUGCCAGCAGCGGCGGCAAGACCAAGCGUGAGCGUGAGCGCAAGCAGAAGCAGACUCUCGACAUCGACCACACUUUCCAGGAGCAGAACCAAAACCGUGGCGACCGCCGUGCUCCCCGUGGUGACCGCGGCGGCGACCGUGGCGACCGUGGUGAGGGCCGUGGUCGUGGUGGUCAGCAGCGUGGUGGCCGCAACGAGAACGUCUCGCUGAACCCCACUGACGAGCGCGCUUUCCCCAGCCUUGGUGCUUAA